AUGAAUAACGAUAAUGAAAAUGUACCAUUAUUACGAGAUGAGCGAGAUGAUCAAGUUGGCUCGACAAGUUCAUCAAAUGUCUAUGAUGGAUCAAAUGUAUAUCCUUCUGAUAGUCAACAAAGGAAAAUAUUCCGGAGACCAAAGAGUUAUUCAUUUACUGAUGAUGAUAAGAGUUUAAAAAAACGAACAGGUCAUCAAAAUUAUUCGUCCAUACCUUCUGGUUCGGCGGUUGUUACCGAACAUGAUGAAGUUUGGGUGAAAAAUCAAAAGGAAUUCAUAUCAAGGUCUGGUGAAAAGGCUAGCAUGAGAAAAAGGAUAGCGUUUCUAUGUGACACUUCGAGAAUUGGAAGGAUUUGGGAACUUUUCGAUUCCAUAUUGUCCGCGAUGUUUGUUCUCUUGUAUAUCUGGAUUGAUGAUAGCGAAGAGGCGUUUCCCUACAUUCUUCAGACAGCUGAUUUUGUUCUCGCUACCAUCAUAUUUGUCCAAUACGUUCCACGUGUUUGGUUAGACAAAGAGCCUUUAACUUUUAUUUUUGCAAACUCCUUUUCAAUUUUAACAUGGUUUUCGGUAUCCCCGGUCAUUGCGGCAUUUUUCUUAACUAUCUUUGAUGAUGUCAUGGAUAAUACAUAUAUGGGUGCCGGAAAUUUGACUCCAUUGGGCAGUGCAAAUGGUUUUCGCGCCUGUAAAGAGCUCACUUUUUCAAUGCUCAAAGAUUAUGAGGAAAGGAUUGAGACUUGUACAAAUGGAAUGUCAACGGACAUAGUCCCAGAUAGUACUUUUACACGUGCUGUUAUCUUAUAUGUCAUGGUUGCAGGAGCCUUAUUCAUCCCAACAGCUUUAUCCGAGCUUCUUACUUUGAUACAAGAAAAAUCUAAAUAUGAUCAUUCGUAUAAAGGCGAAAAAUAUAACGAGCAUAUUAUCGUUACUGGUGAUUUCGACGCAACAAGCUUGUUUGAAUUUUUACGAGAAUUCUUUUGUCUAGAUCAUGGUUUGGCUACUAUGAAUACAUAUGUUGUGAUCAUGCAUCCGGAUGAGCCAGAUGAGGAGAUUGUCGAAUUUCUUGAAGAUCCGGCAUUUAUAAGUAGAGUUCAAUAUAUUAAAGGAACACCUACUUGGCGUCGUAGCCUUGAAAAAAUUCGUACUGAUACUGCAAGUGCAGCUUUCCUUUUAACUAAAAAAUUUUCUGAUGAAACUGAUGAGAUGGAUGCUUCUCAAAUAAUGAGAGCCUUGGCGAUUAAAAAAUACAAUCGAAAAUUAGCCCUAUAUGCUCAAGUUCAUUUACCGGAAAAUGUUCCACACUUUGAUUUCUUGGCGAAAGAUAUAAUUUGUAUCGAUGAAAUUACAAUGGGAUUAAUGGCUCAAAGCUUAGCCACGCCGGGAUUUGCCUCACUCAUCGUAUUACUUACAACAUCAAUCACUGACAAAACUGUUCGUAAUUUAACCUCUAGUGCAAGCAAGAAGCCAAGUUUAGGUUGGAUAAAAGAAUACAUCCACGGUUUAAAGCAUGAAAUUUACGCCGUCACCUUUUCUGAUGCCUUUGUUGGAUAUACAUUUUUGGAAUGUUCUGAACUCAUUUAUUCGCGUCUCGGUGCAGUAUUAUUUUCCAUUGGGGUAUAUAAACUGACAAAGGGUUGCUUCACAGACGCUCAACUUGGAAGUAAUACAUCCCCAUUCCAAAUAUUCUUGAAUCCACAGGAUUAUAUGAUUAAGGGGAAUGAAAUUGGAUUUGUAAUUAGUGAUUGUGCUGAAAUAACGGCUAAAAUGGCAAAGUUUAAUGAACGAGCAAGACAUUGGUACGACCCAUAUAAAAGUGUAUCAUUUCUCGCGAAAUCUGCACAUAAUAUAUUAGGUAUAGAUAGUAAUCGUUCAGCCAAUGUAGAUGCCUCGAAGUUCAAACUAGAUGCUAAUAAGAAUAUAGAAGACGAUGAAUAUUCAACAUCAAAGUCACCAAGACGCAAAGUUCCUAUAUCUCUGCGUCGUACAAAUUCUUUCACAAAGGUUGAGGUCGAUGGUGUUGAGAGUGUUGCUGAAGAGCAUGAAACUACAAUCACUCCACUUAUUCCGUUGUCUAAUUCAAAGUCAAAUGCUGAAAUUUUACGCCAAAAUAUAGAGAGAGUAGCAGCAAUUUGUAUGGAUUCUGAAGAACCCAUUUUUAAAAGUAUCAAAGAUCAUAUUAUUAUAUGCGAUCAAAGUAAAGAGUUCCCGGAAAAUUUAGAUAUUUUUAUUUCCGUUUUGCGAGAAAAAAAUUCAUUAUGUCGUAAUACGCCAGUGGUUAUUCUAUGUAAUAGUGAACCAAAUGAAUCAAAUAAACGUAUUUUAGAAAAGUACGGCCAAGUUUAUUUUGUUCGAGGAUCACCACUUCGUAGAAAAGAUCUUUUUCGAGCUAGAGUUAAUUACGCAAAAAAAUGUGUUAUUUUGAGUGAUGCAACACGGUGUGAAGAAAAAUUAUAUGGAACUGCAGAUGCUGCGUCGAUUAUGAUUGCAUUAAAUAUCGAAUCUUUGUCCAACGAUUGUUAUGUUCUUGUCGAAUGUAUAUAUCGCGAAACCUUUAAAAUGAUUGGUGAAAGUGAUUCCGUUAAGAACAAGGAGGAAGAAUUUAUCCAAGCACUUAUGCGACCUUCGUUUAUGGCAGGAAAUGUUUUCACGCCAUGUCAGACAUAUAAUGCUUUAUAUUGUCAUUUAAUCCGAGCUCAUAAAGCAAUUUCAUUAGGACUUUAUCGUACUGUGACACACAAAGGUGGACCACAUCAAUAUGUUUUUGUAAAUCCAAGAAGGGAUACAAUUGUUAGGGGGAAUGAUAAAAUUUAUCUUAUCGCAUCGAAACUCCCAAGUUUUUAUAAUGAAACUAGUAUUAUAGAAGAAUGA